CAACCCUGGAGCUAAACUUGUCCACACAGGCGCGAGCGCGCGCUCACGCUCACUCGCUGACGCGCACGCGCAAUGUUUGAUUACUGUAACGACCCAAUGUGCGCCAAGUGAACGGCGGACAGACACUACGGUGAAGAGGCUCGUCUCGCUAAACAUGAAAGCGCCGGUAAUAAUCUCAUCCUUCUCGGUUUAAGAUGGACCCGUUUCUCAGCCAUUUCACCGGACAGCGUCACAUACUUUAAGCUGAACUGUAGACACACGAUGGAGUUGGUCGAGUUGUCUUACGUCCAACAGAUGUUCAACGACUCGCGUUUUCAGGGGAAUUUAAGUGCACUAGAUGAAGUGGACGAGCCUCUACCUAGAAGCGCAAAGAUCACCAUCGUUGUUGUCUACUUGAUAGUGUGCGUGGUGGGGCUCGUGGGGAACUGUCUGGUCAUGUAUGUAAUUAUCAGGUACACAAAGAUGAAAACGGCCACCAAUAUUUACAUCUUUAACCUGGCUUUGGCUGAUGCACUGGUUCUGGCCACUCUUCCUUUCCAAGGCACUGAUGUCAUCCUAGGUUUCUGGCCCUUCGGUCUGCCCCUGUGCAAGGCUGUGGUAGCCAUUGACUAUUACAACAUGUUCACAAGUGUCUUCACCUUGACCGUAAUGAGUGUGGAUCGCUACAUAGCCGUCUGCCACCCUGUGCGCUCGCUGACAGUUCGGACCCCGCUCCGGGCCAAGCUGAUCAAUGUGGCGGUGUGGGUGCUGGCAUCAGCUGUAGGACUGCCUGCUAUGAUCAUGGGUCAGGUGGAGAAGGAUGAUCACGAUGGUGCCGAGUGCAUGGUGAGCCUGCCUGAACCAAGAAAGCACUGGGAUCGUGUGUUCAUGAUGUGUGUGUUUCUCUUCUCUUUCUUGAUCCCUGUGCUGAUCAUAAGCGUCUGCUACGGCCUGAUGGUGCGUCGUUUGCGCAGUGUCCGUGUACUGUCCGGCUCACGGGAAAAAGACCGCAAUCUGAGGAGAAUCACCUAUAUGGUAUUGUCGGUGGUGGCCGCUUUUGUGUUUUGCUGGAUGCCGGUGCAGGUCUUGGCUUUGAUUCAGGCUCUGGGUCAUGUGGAACUCGGGGCCAGUCAGUCCUCGAUGGCGGCUAUGCAUUUCUGCAUUGCUUUGGGUUACGCAAACAGCUGUUUAAACCCCGUUCUCUAUGCCUUCCUGGAUGAAAACUUCAAGCGCUGUUUCCAUGAGUUUUGUAUCCCGGCCAAUUCCGAUCUCUUUCUAGAAGACCAGCGUAAGAGGUCAUUGAGGCAGGGGAGAGAAUGUGCUGAGCUGGAGGAAAAGGAGGUGGUGAUUUAUCAUUGCGCUGCUCCUGUGUUAGCGGAUUAGAGCUUUUAGAAUUGCCAAUGUUCUUGUAUGGUCACGUCUGGAAUUGUGAGGAAAGUUACCACUAGCAUAGAGUUAAUGCAUGUUGUUCUGGUUAAAAGUAACCAGAUGAUAUCAACCCAGACUUAUUAUGAAAAUGAAGCCCUAUAUACAUUUCUGGAGAGCUCUCCUAUACAUCCCAGGCGGUACUUUUUUAUGUUUUUGUAUUUAUGAAUCCACCAGAGGCUGCUGUGUACGUUUUUUGAGAUCUCAAAUUUC